AUGGCGGUCAACAUGAGCAAAAACGGCACUGAGCUGAUGGCAGCCUACCGAGACGUUGUCGACGCGCGCUCCGAUAUCAACUGGCUUUUGUUGACCUACGAGGGUAACAGCAACGCCAUCCGCUUAGCGGGAAAAGGAGGCGGUGGUCUGGAGGAGAUGGUGGACGAGCUGAACAGCGGCAAGGUCAUGUACGCCUUCUGUCGAGUGCGACACCCCGACUCGGGUCUGCCCAAAUAUGUGCUGGUCAAUUGGACGGGUGAAGGCGUGAAGGACACGCGCAAAGGCAUGUGCGCCAACCAUCUGAGCACCAUCGCCAACUUCCUGAAGGGGGCCCACGUGACCAUCAACGCUCGCGACGAAGACGACGUAGACCCAGAGCUCAUCCUGUCCAAAGUGUCCAAAGCGUCAGGGGCCGACUAUGACUUCCGGCGGGGCGCUGCCCCCCAGCCUGGGGACAUCCCGCGAGGGGUAGUGGGGUCGGUUUAUCGCAAAACAAACGCUCGGGAGGAAAUUCAGCAAAUCGAUAAAGAUUCGUUCUGGAGCCAAACGCAGAGGGAGGAGGAAGUGCGGCGUAAGGAGGAGGUAAAGAAGGCGGAGCUCCAGAGGCGAGCGUUGGAGGAGGAGCGGCGCAACCUGGAGGAGAAACACGCCAAGGAAAGAGAGCAGAAAAUACAACAGAGAAACAGCGCCAUCGACCACAACAGACUUCUGCAGAAGCAGAGAGACAAAGAAGAGCGAGAAAUAGAGGAGCGACGACAGAACCUGGCACGAGACGACGACAGAACCGCGGCUGUCUCGACGCCCACGUCAGUACGAGUCGCCAACGAAGCCAAGGCCUUGAUUUCUCAGCGAGCCUUCGACCCUCGCGAUGUCUUUCAGCCCCACAAGUCCAUUUUUGACGGUGGCGACGGAGGCUCCGCCCCAGCAGUGGGUAAGAUGGCGCAGAGUGAGCGGCUGGACGAAAUUCCGGUUGACGUCGUCUCUCUUCCUCCCUCAGGGAAGCUGCGAAGCCCCUUUCUGUCCCAGCAAGCUUUCGACAGCCCCUUCCCUCCGCUGGACCGCCCGCGAUUCGAGACUCCACCCUCCCGGGAAGACCUCCGGCCUGUCGACUUUCCCGUUGGCUCCAGGUCUCCGCCCUCCCUGUCGCCUCACAUAGGCGCACCAGCCGAAGACUUCGCCUCGCGGGCCGACGACUUCGCCUCGCGAGCCGACGACUUCGCCUCGCGGGCCGACGACUUCGCCUCGCGGGCCGACGACUUCGCCUCGCGGCCCGACGACUUCGCCUCGCGGCCCGACAACUUCGCCUCUUCCGCUUUCUCUUCCGUGUCACCCGCCGGAGCGGCCCGGGAUGCGGGUGCGUGCUUUACUUGUAUUGAGGAACCGGAUGGGGAUAGCCCAGAGGACCAGACAGACAAGGGUGGAGUCAGACACAGUAUGAAGGGAGGGGGCACAUCAAAAAUAGUCUACUCCAGCCUGUUCUAUAGACUAAUCGGGCAAAAGGACCCAGAGGACGACGACUGGUCGGACGAGUAUGACGAAGAGCUGUACCAGGUGCCCGGCCGCGAGCACCUCAAGUCGCUGACGGAAUCAAUGUUCCCCACGCCUGUCGAGGAGAACCAAUAUGCAGUACCGCGACCCGUGGACGCCGAACUCUACAAGGACGUAGGGCAGGACGCUCGUGCGGCCCAAGGAGACGAGGAGGAGGUGGAAUCCCUACAAAACCUGUCCGCCAGAGCUGUGUAUGACUACCAGGCCGCUGACGACACGGAGAUCACCUUCGACCCAGAUGACAUCAUCACAUGCAUUGAGAUGGUGGACGAGGGCUGGUGGCGAGGUUACGGCCCAGACGGCCGUUAUGGCAUGUUUCCCGCCAAUUACGUCGAACUCUUGUAA